UUUCCCCCAUCCUUCAAAACAGGAUUGAAGUCAAGUUUUGAAGGGCUCAAAUAAUGGGCCAUCCUCUCAUCCUCCUCAUCAUCACAAUUGUUUUCCUCUCAUCACAAACCAUCUCCAUAGCCAAUGAGAGUGAGGAAACCAAAUUUACUUACAUUAAAGGAGCUGAGAAUGGCCCAGAGAAAUGGGGGAAACUUCAUACAAAUUAUACAAUCUGCAAUGCUGGUAACAUGCAGUCUCCCAUUAAUAUUGAUGAUUCAACUGUUAAAAUUACCUCUAAAUUUGGGCAGUUGAUUCGACGUUACGAAUCGUCUCCUGCUAUUAUCGUCAACCAAGGCCAUGCUCUUCAGAUCAAGUGGACAGGUGAUGCCGGAAAGAUUAUCAUUAACGGUACCGAGUACUUCUUGGUACAAUGCCACUGGCAUACUCCCUCUGAGAACACCGUGAACGGCAAAAAGUUUGAUAUGGAGAUGCAUCUGGUUCAUAUGAGUGCAAAAGAUGAAAUUGCUGCUGUCUCCAUCUUAUACGAAAUUGGAGAGCCUGAUCAUUUCCUUGGACAAUUGCUGGACAGCAUCAAGCACGUUGAUCACAAUGGCAAAGAUUUAGGGGUCCUUAAUCCAAGAAAGAUCAGAUAUGGGAGCAAGAAAUAUUACAGAUUCAUUGGUUCCCUCACAACCCCACCAUGCUCACAGGGUGUCAUCUGGACAGUAAUCAAAAAGACAAAGACAGUAUCACAGGAACAGAUAAACUUAUUAAAGGAAGCUGUUGAUGAUGGUUACGAGCAAAAUGCGAGGCCAGUGCAACCACUCAAUGGAAGGACAGUAUAUCUCAAUAUGCCAUAGGAACAUUGUAGCCUUAUUUUUAAUGAGCACCCGGCCAUUUAAUUAUACGCACAUAUAUAUAUAUACAGAAACUGUAGCAUGUGCUGUUUAUAGGAAGUAUAUAUAUAUGUAUUGAGGGAGUGAUGCGCCUGAGCUUUUAAAUGAUGUAUCUGUAAUCUGUACGACUGUAUCGUACUGUUAGUGCUUGACUGCUUGUUUUUUUUUUUGUAAACAAUCUUUUGAUCACAUGGCAAAUUAAAGUCUUUGAAGUUUUGGAUGAA